CUUGGAUGCUAUCGAGGAUUUUGCGAGUAAUUUUAGAAUCCUUGCGAGGAAAAUCGAGGAUUUCCGUCCUUUCAUGCGGGGAAAACCAAAGAGGUCGGUUGGCAACACUGUUAUUCACAUCUGUCAGUCACAGUAACAAGAACAAGACAACAAGCAACAAAACUUAACCUCCAAACCAAAUCGUUCAAGUUCAAGUAGUUUAAAUUACUAGUUAAUUGUGAUAUUUGGAUAUUAUUUACUGAAAUUGAUCAUGAGUUUGAACAAUUGGAUGAGCCAACUUGACGAAUCCUUAAAAAAUAUACCGGUAAUUAAUCUAGCUAUUCCAGGAUCCCAUGAUUCCAUGAGCUAUACCAUUAAACCAACAUCAGAUAUAGCACCUGACAAUGAGCAAAUUGUUCUAUUAUUGGCCAGAGUAUUUGGAAGCCCUAGUCGAAGAGUGAUUCACAGGUGGUGUGCGACACAAGAAUUGACUCUGUUACAACAGUUAAACCUCGGCAUCAGAUAUCUGGAUUUGAGAAUAUCCACAAAAGAGGGUGAUACAAAAUUGUAUGCUGUCCACGGUCUGUACGGUGAUGAAAUAUACCCUCAUCUCCAAACAUUAAACAAUUUCCUAGAAGAGUUCCCUGAAGAAAUAAUAAUACUGGAUUUUCAACAUUUCUACAAUUUUAGUGAUGAGACUCACGAAUUGUUGAUAUCAAUGAUUAAAAAUACUUUUGGAGGCAAGUUGUGCCCUCUGCCAUGGGACAUAAUGACAGUGACACUGACGUGGAUGUUGGAUCAUGGAUACAGAGUUAUUGCUAUCUAUCGAGACGGAUUGGUGGAGAAACAUGCGGAGUUGUGGCCUGGAGUGAGAUGGCCUACGCCGUGGCCCCAGACUACCAAUUCUGACGCCCUACUAAAAUUCCUCAACAAGACAAUGGCACAUCGCCCCAAGAACGCCGGUUUUGUCACCCAAUGUCUUCUCACACCCGAUACCAAGUUUGUAAUACAUCAUCCGUGUGGAGAGUUGAGAUCUAAAUGCUCCAAGCCUUGUUUGCAAGCAGUAAUUCCGUGGCUCAAACAGCAACGCCCAGGCCUACGAGGAAUCAACGUUGUCAUUACAGACUUUGUCGAAAUGGGCGGCGACCUCUUCAGCAAGGUCGUCAUUGGGUUGAAUGAUCUCCUAUUGAAACCUUAGUUAAUAAUUAGUUUGCGUAGCUCUACUCAGUCUAUACUAAAAUGCAAGUGAGAAUGCUUUAAGCACUGUGUCUGUGAUUGUAGUGGUACAUAAAUGCUUUGAAUGAAAAAUGCUAUGUUUUAGAAUGGUACAAGGCACUAACUCUAAGAAACCAAGAUAAUUAAAACUCUUUAACAAUGGCUUUUUUUAACCUUAAAGAAAAAUAACUGUGAGCAAAAAAAUACUUAAAUUUGUUAAUCAUGAUAUCACUUCACAAGAGUAUACCGUGGUAAAAAUGAAUUAGACAUAACUAAAUAGUUCAGAGUUUAGUGGGAUUUUGAAGUAGGCUUUAUUUAGCUCCUGUAGCUUCUAAACAAGCCAUUACAUUGGCUUUAUUUAUUUAUUUAUUUAUUUUAUAUAAAUAAAUAAAAAUAAAAUAAACAUUGGCUUGAGGAUAUUCUGUUUAUAUGUAUCGGAUAUUCCCCUCCAACCCCCCUGGGUUCCCUUUUCCCCUACGUCAGAAAUCCAAAAACUAUUCAAAUCCACAAAUAAAAAUCAGGAAUUAAGAUUUCACAAACAUUUGGUAUUUAAAAAUUGCUAGUUUAAAACCGAAACCACAUUUGUUACGUUAAUCAGGUGAAUUGUGAUUGUACAGAAAAUAUUUUAUGUAACAAAUAUGUACUGCCUUGCUGCAUACUACCUACUCAGUACUACUGUUUUAUAUAGUGCUCACCGCGUCUGUUUGGAUAGUGAAAAUUAAGGAACUGGAUUAAAAAUAUUUUAAUUUUCCAUCAAACCAUCAAAAUUGCUCCUGCAAACCACCAGUUGGUACGACUUACGGCCCUUAUUUUGGAAACCGCUGUAGUUGGUGGUUUGCUUACCCUGUGCUUAACCGCUAGAGAAAUGUUAGACCUACAUAAAACAAAAUAUAUAUUCAACAGUACCGUUGGGCUUAAUUGUUAUAACAGGGUUGGGGUGUUGGAAUUAAACAUUUAAGUUAUUUUGAAAUGAAAUAAAAUUAAAAAUGUAUUUAUUUAACCCUUUCGAUGCUAGAAUAUUUGUAUUGUAAUUUUCCUAAAAAGUACUAGAGUUAUUUAAUUAUUUUGUCCUAAAAAUGCUAGGCUUGCCACAGGGGCAAAGUCUAGUGCGAGAAAAAAAUCGGCAAAAAUAAAAUUUUUAUCUUAAAAGUGCUAAGGAAUGAUAUAUUGUGCCUCGAUCGUAUGAGGAAUCGAAAGAAACCAUUGCGUUUUCGAAACUACAACCGAGACAACCGAUAUGUCCAUUUAAACUCACAGGAUCUAAAGACGCACCGGCACGAUAUAUCGUCGCUUAGCGCUUUUGGAUGAAACGCUAACAACAAUAUAUCGUUGCAUAGCACUGAAAGGGUUAAGAGGAAAAGUUAGGACUUGAAAGUCCUCUCUACCACUUAACCUCUAAAACAUAAAUAAAACUAUUCACUUAUAUCAAUAAAUUUAAAUAAUCUAAAGUACUAUAUUAAAUGACAAUGAUAUAAAAGAUAAAAUCAAAUAUUCUAUCUUUUAUUUUAUUUCAUCACACCAGUAGUUAAUUCUAGCUUCAAGCAGAGUUUUAGAAAUAUAUACAUUUGAUUUACAUUUAUUCAUAGUUUUAGCAUUUACGUUGUGAACAAAUCACCACAAAUUGUGAUACAUAUUAGUCGUGAAUACAUAAUAAAUCUAUUCAUUGCUCUCUAUAAUUUUCUCCUUUUUUUACUCUAUGUACUAGAAGUCAAUAAUAAGGAACAAUAAAUCGAUUUUUAUAGGUCAUGUUAGGCACCUACAGCAGGUAUGAGUAUUUUGUGUGUGUGAAGCUACUAGUCCUUUGUUUUAUUGGUUGUUGACAAAGUAUAAUCAUAGACUAACCAACACAAGUAGACUUCUCAUCCCAUUGUAAAUUUUGAAGCACGUUUUUUGUGUCUAGUUCAUGUACGUGACACAAAGGCGCUAGUGUCGAUGAAACUUUGUUUCCAUUAUUUUAGGGUUAAUUUCUUUAUUUGUGCUUUACUGUUUGGUUAUAUAACUAGGGGACAAGUUAUUGUUUAUGAUUAGAUCGUAUUAUUUGGUUAAACGAGGUUUUAAAUGGCUGUAAUAACGGGAAACAAAUUGUAAACAAAACACGACCUCUACAUAAACCGUACAUGAACUAACAAUAAAAUUGUCUUCAGCUGUUCCAUAAGGAUGAGAAAUCUACUAAGGGAGUAUGUUUUAUCCAUGGUAUAAUCAUGAUGGAAUCAGAUAUAUGACUGAUGUAUCAAAAAAUCAAUGUAUAACAAGCACUCUCUUACGUCAUGUUACUUACUAGCUAGUACAAUAGUCAUAUCAUGUUAUUUUGAGAAUAAAAACGUUUUAAAAGAUUUCAACAACAAAUAGGCUUAAUAAAUUAUGUUGUUACUUGUUUUAGACUAUCUUGUCUCAAAGAGUAUUGAUUUCUUAGUACAGUAGCAACAAAGUGGUUCCUAAGGUUAAAAUGUCAUUCUGCUUUAGUUGGUUGUAGCCUAUAUUGUUAUGUAUGCACAACAUUUAUUUUUGAUUGUCUAUUCAUUUUAUUUUAGUGAUAAAUGAAUCUUCAUUUGAUCCGACCUGUAUUUCUUGCUCUGCCUCAGUGCAUUACAUACAGUGGAACCUCAAUAACAAGUGCCAAUUCCAAAUAUUGAUUUUAUAUUACCUCUUUUAUAUAUAUCCUCACAUGCUACUGUAAACGUCUAUAAGAAAUCAACUUUGUUUGGAAUUAAGUUUAUUUUAUAAUUUCCAUUAGACACUUGUUUAUCAAGAUAUCGAGGUUCCAUUGUAUAUUAUAUUGUGUAAAUCAAAGACUGUCGAUGCUAGUAUACACAAAUAAAUCAUACUGAAAUAGCUAACAAAAAUAUAAGGCUUUGUACUCAAGUUAAUCUUGUAUUAUCGACUAACUAGUUUUAAAUCAAGUGUUAUUUAAUCAGUAUUUUUAAUAUAUUAGUUUGAUUUACAAAUCUAACAAAUGCAGAAUUUAGAGAACUAUGAUUUCAGGUCGGAAUUUUUGUAUUAUACUGUCAGCACAGUAUAUCUUAUAUGGAUUUCUAUUCAUUUAAAUCAUUGAUCUGGUCUUAUGCUGGACAGUGGUCAUGUCUAGGAUCUCUGUUCCUCUAAAUGUGCCAGUAUACACUUAAAGAGCAAUCUAUAACUUUAUACUACCAACAGCUUUCAUAAAGUAUUUUAAAAGUUCAAUUUUAAUUUUAAGAAUCGUUGAUUAUAAAUUGUCUAAUUCCUAGUCUUGUUAUUUAAUAUGUAUUGAAGUGUUUAUUUAAUAAAUGU